CCCACAAAGACACGGCUUCCUCACAACCGCACAUGCGCAGUCUGUUGUUCUACUCUGGACAGCUGUAGGAGAAAAUGGCAGCAUUCAUGCUAGGACAGCAGGCCCGCCAAUUCAGCACGUCUGUGGUCAGACCUGUGAGCAAACUGAUGAAGCCUCCCAUCCAGGUCUAUGGCGUGGAGGGCCGGUAUGCCACUGCUUUGUUCUCUGCUGCCAGCAAGCAGAGCAAACUGGACCAGGUGGAGCAGGAGUUGGUCAAAGUCUCUGCUCUCAUUAAGGACCCCAAGAUGUCCAGCAUUAUAAUGAAUCCUCAUGUUAAGCGAAGCCUCAAGCAGAAGACAUUCAACGAUGCCCUUACAAAGGCUAAGGUGUCUCCCAUCACUAUCAACCUCAUCAAUGUUUUGGCAGAUAACCGUCGUCUUCCUCUAACUGCUGAUGUUAUCAAUGCUUUUGGGAAGAUGAUGAGUGCUCACCGUGGCGAAGUCCUUUGCUCUGUCACCACUGCUCAGCCUUUGGAUGAAGCCAGUCUUUCUGAACUGAAGGUCGCUCUGAAGGGCUUUCUUCUGAAGGGUGAGACCAUCAAGCUUGAGUCAAAGUCGGAUCCUGCAAUCCUGGGUGGCAUGAUCGUCAGUAUUGGAGACAAGUAUGUGGACAUGUCCACCAAAACAAAGAUCCAGAAGCUGACCCACCUCAUGAAAGAGACUUAAGUCCUGUGGACUUAAUUUUUACAAGGAUUAUCGUUCAACAAAAACGCUGAAAAAUGUAUAUUCCUGCUUGUUCCAGCACUGCGGUUUCUCCAGAAAUCCACUGUCUGUGCUUAAAUUCAUAUACAUGUUAAUAAAAAUUACAAAAACUGA